AUGGCUAAUAAUCGAAGAGAAUUUAGACCAAAAGAGCCUUAUACUCACCGUUUAAGUAAAAUUCUUGAAGAAUAUCCUGACGGUUCCCAAAUUCUUCGUGAAAUCCUUCAAAAUUCCGAUGAUGCGGGAAGCACUGAGCAAAUUUUCAUUUUGGAUCACAAUACUUAUCCUUCGAAUAACUUGAUCCCGCCAGAUAUUGUUAAUUCCGGUUUGAACCUUGAUAGAUAUCAAGGUCCUGCAUUAUUAGCACAAAAUAAUACUAUUUUUGAUGAGAGAGAUUAUAAAUCCCUGUUAAAAUUGGCCGAUAGUGAAAAAUACGAUCAAUUCAACAAGAUUGGGGUGAUGGGUGUAGGUUUCAAUUCAAUCUAUCAUAUUACCGAUUCCCCUUCUUUCAUUACCGGUGAUAAAUACGUUAUUCUCGAUCCACAUGAACGUUAUUUUCGAGGUGGUGUCAUAAUUGACGUCGACGAGAAAAUGUUUAAAGAAUACCCUAAUCAGUUUGCUCCUUUUAGAAUUCCGUGUGACAAACAUUUUAAUGGCACUUUGUUUCGUUAUCCACUCCGUACUGAAGUAGAUUCCGCCGACUCGGAAAUUUCUACCAGAAUUUAUAAACCUGACGCAAUCUUGGAAAUGUUUGAUAAAUUUUACGAAAAUGAAAGCAUUAAUAGCUUAUUAUUUAUAAAAUAUAUUGAACGUAUUUCCUUUUAUGAAUUAAAAAAAGGUGCUACCGAACUUGAAUUAUUAUAUAAAAUUCAAUUGGAAGGUGCCGAUGAAGUUCGAGAAAAACGUCGGUUGAUAGCAAAAAAUAUUGUACCAAUGAUGAAUUCAUUAAAAUCAGGUGUGCUGGAAGGAAAUAAUCAAUUAGAAACGUCUUUUAUUUUAACUUUCUGUCGUCAAAAAGGAGAUUCCAAAGAGAAUAAAAGUUUGUGGUUAAUCUUGAAUUAUCUUGAUGACUUGCUCGAAACCGAAAAAUAUUUUCAAAGAGAGUAUAAAAGAAGCAUUGGAGAUUACAAGUUCGUCCCUAACGUUGGUUUAGCCGUUCCCAUCAAUGAUUUGAUGAAUGCUGGAAGUUUGUUUUGCUUUUUACCUCUUCCCAUUUCUACUCCUUUUCCCGUUUCGGUGCAUGGAUAUUUCGCGGUUAGCACUAAUCGUCGUUCUUUAUGGGAGGCCGCAGAAAACGAAGAUCUGGCGGCUGGGUCAUUGGCACGCCUGAAAGUUUCGUGGAAUCAUUAUUUAUUUGAAAAAGUCCUACCAAAAGCUUGGGUGAGAUUCCUUCGUAAAAUUCCGCUUACGAUUCCCAAUAUUUCACCAAAUGAUGUAUAUAAAUUCUGGUCAAUACUUAAAGAAGGAACAUCACGUAGCUUAAGUACUUUUUACAAAGAUCUAUUACAAAAUGUAAUUAAUAAUAUUAGCAUUGAGGAUCGCGUAUUCAAAGGACCUUCAUCAAAGAUUGAAAUCGGAACAGAAUUUAGUGCUACAGAUGAUGCCACCCAAUAUCAAGAAUCCGAAUUUCAUUGGUUAUCCCUUUUCGAUGGAUAUUUUGAAGAAGAGAAUCUAUUUGAUAUUAAAUUGACUAGAAUAAUUGAGAAGACAGGAUUUCCUGAUAAACAAUUUGACGAAUUGGAAGGUUUUGAGAUGAUUCCUCUUGCGGAUGUUACGCUUGGUACUUUAACACAGCAUGGCAAUUCUUACGUUUAUAUUUACCCAAAAGAUCACUUUGAUAAUCAUAUAAAUGAUGAGCUCAACACCUUUAAAAAUCAAUUGAACAAAUUCAUUGACAAAUCGAUUCGUUACGAUCUUCAUAAAGCUUUGUGCGAGUAUGCACAAGAAUGGAAUCUAAACAUUAAAAUCCUAGACGAAUAUGCUGUCGUCGAUAUGAUUAAAUUCUCUCUGAAUUCUGAAAAUGCAGAUUCUGAAGAGAUACCAAUAUUAGAUCAUUAUGAGUGGAUUUGCGAUUUGUGGAGUAAUCUGAGAUAUAGAAAAUGGGAUCUCGAAAAGUUCGAAAACCUUCAUUUAAUCCCAACAAGUCGCUCUACUCUUAGACAACUAAAUACUCCGAAAAGCGUAUUUUCUAAUCAAAUAAACGAUAAUAUUUUAAAGUCCAUUUUCGAAAAAUUUGGUGCCGUUUUUGUGGACAGUAGAUUUGGCGAAAUGGAUAGAUGGGGGAGAGCAUCUCAAUAUACUAUUAAACCUGAUGAUGUUUUAUCAGUUCUAAAAUCUUUUCGAGCCGAAACCUCGUACCCAAAAAAUUUGAAUCAUAGGUUAGAACCUCCUGAAGCAUCACAGCUCGUUGAUUAUUUAUCUAAUCAUUUACGCCUCGCUAAUGAAGACGAAGUACCAAACCUUAUUGAAGUCAUUAAACAUCUACCGAUUUUUACCGAAGUCGAUAAUACUUCUCCAAUUUCAUUAUUACCUGGAAAUACAAAUUGGUUCCUACUUCCUCAGAAUGAAGAAAGUUCGUAUGGAAAAAUUAUUUAUCCAAGUAAUCAAGGAAAGUUUCUUGAUUCAAGUUCACAAAAUUUAAGAUAUAUACUGGAAAAUACCAUUAAGAUUCCUCGAUUAGUUUCACUUGACUAUUGGCGAAGUUAUGUAAUGCCAUUUCUCGAAUCACAACCACCAGAAGACAAAGGUAUUGUAAUACACAGACUUUUUGAAAGGUUGCAAAGUUUGCUUGAUCAUGAUCCAAGUUUGAAAGAUUCUCUUGGAGGAAUUUCUUUCGUGCCUGUUGGCACAUUUAGAAUGGCUUGGCAAAGACAAACGUCUUUUGACAUGGACCUAAGAUUAGUUAAACCAAAAGAACUAUUUGAUCCAGAAUCACUUGUGUUCGAGCAAAUAUUUUUUGAGGACGAGCAAGCCUUUCCCGUUAACAGAUUUCGUAUUUCUCGAAACUUAUUCCUUUCAAAUUUGAAAUCAUUGGGAAUGAAAUCAAUUCUUUUUCCAGAUGAUGUAAUCAAUCGUAUUAAUACUAUAGUAGCACGAAAGUCCCAGGGUUCAUUUCACACCAAAGCAUUCGACUUUUUUAAAUACAUCGAUGAAAAAUGGGAAUUGAUUGAAAAUAAAAAUCAUGAAUUCAUGAAUACUAUUCUAAAUAAAGAAUGGAUUCCUACUGUUGACGGAUCUGGGAAUCAAAUCUUUUCGAAACCUCAAGAUUGUUAUUAUAAAGAAUAUGAAUACCUAGUUUGCUUGGUCGCACCAAUACUGAAUUAUAAUGUUAAAAAUGAUAACUUUUUAAGGCACUUAAGAUGGCAAACUUAUCCAGAAGUUAGAAAGGUUCUAGAGCAAUUAGAAUCAUGUCAUGUUCGUGUAUCUAGUGGGCAAUCACCUGAGAAUUUGAAAGCAAUCUGUAACGCGAUAUACGAAUAUAUGAAUAAUGCUUUUCAAAAUGAUAAAGAAGCAUUUGAAAUUAUAAAGAAUGAUUUGGAAAACAAACCUUGGAUUUUGCAUAAUGAUACAUUUUAUUCGGCUGAUAAAUUUGUCUUUCGUCUUCCAACUGAAUUUGAGGAUAAUAAUUCUUUAAUUGUAGAACUUCCUAUAGGAUACAUAAGUGAUUUUAGACCUUUAUUUGAAGCAAUGGGAGUUCGAAAUGAAAUUGGAGUCAAGGAGUUGAUUUUAAUUAUAAACAAUAUGGUGGAAGGAAAUGAGGAAAGAAGGUUAUCAGAUGACGAAAUAAACCAUUAA